GGCUGCAUGCAUGAUUGAUUCCGUCAGCAUUUUAUGUGAGUGGAUAUAUAAUACAACUAGUUAAUGGCUGCAAGUCACUUCGUAGAGUAUAGCCUACCAAGAAUUCAAGUACACAAUGGCUCAGAGUCACUGGCAAAUAAUAUGUUUUGCUGUCUAUUGUGUGAUAUUACUAACAGUCAAGUUUCAAGUUACUGCAGGCAGUGACGAUAUAUUUCAAUAUAUACCUGGAGUGGUACCAGAUGAAUUCACUCUAGGACAGCAUUAUCCAUCAAGGAAUGAAACUGAAGAGUGCCGUCCGAUACGUGUCAGAAUUGAAAGAAAUUCUAAUUUAUUCCAUUCCAAUUUAGUUCUAAAUACGAACAGUGGUAUCGAUUUUUCCAUCUCUGAUGCAAGAAUAAUGACGUCUAGAUUGCAGACACGUCUCAACCAUCUUGCACUCAGUUACAUGGAGGAGUUUGGAUUGAAGAUCACCGUGCUCAGAGCUUGGGUGGAGUACAGCGAAGUCGAUGGAUUGGACGAUCCCUACUCACUACACUAUGAAGGUCGUACAGUGAGAGUACAAGUGAGACCUGACCACUUCCCCCGUCUCCUCCAGCUAGCGGUGACAGCUGGCUUUGACUGGGUAUUCUAUGCAGCCGAGGAUUUUGUCAGAAUGAGCGUUAUUCCUGACGUUUGCGAUGCCAACCUGGACAUGGUGUUCAUGCUUGACCAGUCAGGGAGCGUGGGCGUGAGUAAUCACUAUGUUGCUCUGCAGUUUCUCAAAGACGUCGUCACUUUCUACAGCAUCUCAAACAACUCCACUCAGGUUGGACUUAUAACGUUUUCCUCUGGAGCCACGGUCCAGUUCCAGUUGAAUGAGCACACGGACGUCACUUCACUGCAGAAUGCACUAGAUGAAGUUAUCUACAAAGGAGGUUGGACCACCACUGCACUGGCACUUCUGCUGGCUCAGCAAGUACUUAACCCCUCUUUAGGAUACGGAGCACGACCUCUGACCUCUGGCGUACCGAGAAUAGCAGUUCUGAUAACUGAUGGGCGCUCAAACAUCUACUCCAUCAGAAACAUCGCCCCCUCCCUCAGAAACUCCGGAGUUCAGGUUUAUGCCGUGGGUAUUGGUAACAUCUACCUGGAUGAGCUACGGUUCAUUGCCAGUGACCCUGACAUCGAUCACGUGUUUGUACUGAAUUCUUUCAACGAUGCUCCCAAAUUUGUGGACUUUCUCAGCUUCACAGCUUGUGACACCCCGGCUAUAGUGACCCCUGGAGAGAACACCACCACUGAAGUGGAGGAGGAUGGGUUCCGAUUCUUCCAGUCCGAGUGUCCUGCAUUCUCCAUGACGAUAAUGAUCGAGCAGAUAGACCUGGUGGGUACCUGCAGUUUGUACGCCUCCACCUCAGUCCAGAACCCAGGACCGCUAAGUCCCCACAGUGUGGUUGUCAACGAAGACCACAGCAACAGAAAGAGAUCGAUCCAUCUGCAACGUUCAGGCCUCAACAGAUUUAUCUAUUGGUCUGUGAAAGGUGUGGAUCCUCGCAAUGUGUUCAGCGUGAUUAUCUGGGACAUGAUCUUCCCUGAGGACUCGUACACUGUUGCCAUAGCAGCAGGGGUGGGUGGAGCCACUGUAUUUAAUCUCAACAAUGCUCUCAGAGUGACCAAUGUUACAUUCACAUACUCCAUUCAAUCUGGUGAUAACUCAGGCCUGUUCGCUAUCGCCCCAGCAACAGGGAGCAUUGUCACAGCAGUACCACUCGACAAUAGCGUCCACACACAAUUCACGCUCGUAAUUGUAGCACAAAAUGCCAACUUUUCGUGCCACAGAGGAAGAGUUGUAAUACAAGUGAUAGUCACAAAUAAUCGAAUCGAAUUUCCAUCUCUUCCGGAAGUUUUUAUACUAGAGACUGCAAACGUAGGAGAUGACGUUGCCCAGGUUAUGGUAACGGGUGGAGACAACACUGUUAGGUAUUCUAUUAUACAUGGCAACGUUGGAAAUGUAUUUACUAUCAAUGCUGAAAGUGGUCUCAUAGAAUUAUCGAGACCUGUUGAUUUUGAAGACAUUGAUAGAUACUCUCUAACUAUUCGAGCUAUUCAAACCUCAACAGGUGGGAUAGCGAGAACCGUUCAAAUUGUAAAUAUCCGAGAUGUAAACGAGCUACCUUUUUUCAUCACCGAGUGUGCCGUUUUGAACAGCUGUGUUUUCAACGUAAGUGAAGUGGCUGCUUCUAAUACACAAAUAACUACCAUAGUUGCGGGUGAUCCUGAUAGACCUGGUACCCUGAAUGGAGAUUUAGUUUUCAGUAUCGAAGGAAAUGUCCCAUUCCAAUUAAUCCAGACGGGACGAACUGCUGAGAUUGCAACUAGUUCAAACCUACCCAGUGACGUAUCCAGUUUCACUUUCAAUUUGGUUGUGAGAGAUGUAGACAAUUCAAUUAGGACGACCAUCAUGAUUACGGUACAGGACGUCAACAAUAAUCCACCUGUGUUCGUUAAUUUCCCGCCUAUAGUACAGGUAGAAGAAUCACUUGGUAUAGGAUCGUUCAUCAUACGGUUUAUGGCUUUGGACUCGGAUAUGGGUACGAACGCAGAAAUUACAUACUCCAUUUCAUCGAAUAUGGUAUUGCCAUUCUCUAUCGCCCCUGACAAUGGCACACUAGUUGUAUCUGGAGAUUUAGAUUUCGAAGACUUGAAUUUAUAUUUGUUCAAUGUAACAGCAAGCAAUCCAGAUGGUGUACAUACGUCCAUGGAAACUUCGAUAUUACUUAUCGACGUGAACGACAAUCCACCGAUAUUUGAAAGAGAUGUGUACAAUGGUACCGUAGUAGAACAUGCCGACGGAGGAGUUGCCAUAGUUACGGUAUCAGCGUCUGAUGCAGAUUCAGGACAGAACUCACAAUUAGAAUACAGUAUUAUUUCCGGAAAUUUCGGAAAUGCUUUCACAAUAAACUCUCUACCAUCAAAUACUGCAAUUAUAAAUGUUUCUCCUGGCGCAGAUAUAAACAGAGAAGAAAUUGUACAGUUCAAUUUGGUAGUGAUGGCCACUGAUGGAGGUUCGCCACAAUUGUCGAGCACAGCACGAGUACUGAUCACAGUGACUGAUAUCAAUGAUAAUCCUCCUAACUUCCUGCCAGAGAUUUACAUUGUGGACAUCCAAGAAACCGAAGUACCAAUAUUCGAUAUUGUCCAGGUCUUUGUUUUUGAUCUGGACGAACCUUCCACUCCAAAUACUCAAGUUGAUUUCGAUAUUACCGACGGGAACAUUGGAAAUGUGUUCUUCCUCGACAAAAUUGACGAGAACAGAGCUACUCUUCAGCUGAUUAGUGAGAUCAGUUUCGAGACCCAACCCACCUACACGCUCACGCUCACUGCUACAGAUAGAGGGACUGACCCGGGCCCUCAAUUGAGCACGGCAACUGUCAUUAUUAACGUUCAAAAUGUAAUCACUUCUCCCCCUGUGGUUGUCUCUGGAAACCUGACUAUUAACAUUUCGGACAGCACAGAUGUUGGAACACCCAUAGCCGUUAUCAACGCCACAGAUGCAGACGGUGAUGAGAUCAUGUUUAUAAUAGUUUCCGUGGAAGCAGAAGGUGUGGGGGGUACCGCAGCACUGGAGGUAUUCAGUAUUGACGAAAAUGGAGUCGUUCGAUUGGACCAAAGCCUUGAGGCAGCAAUAAGCACUCAGUUUGAGGUUACAAUUGAAGUAACUGACGGUAUCCUACGAACUACUACUGUUUUAAUCGUUAUGGUUGUCAAUGGCAAUCGUUUUCCACCGAAUAUUACGACAUUAGAUUUCUCUCUAUCAGAGGAACUGCCUAUUGGGACGUUUAUCGGUACUGUACAAGCUACAGACAUUGAUGCCAGUCCUACUGAAACUAUCACCUUCUCUCUACAAGGGUCCGGAAGAUUUGUCUCAAUUGAAAGUGAAACUGGAAUUUUGCGUACAUCUGAAGUUUUAGACAGAGAAAGUUUGGUACAAAGUGGACUUUUCCUCCCUGAAAAUAACUCGAGCGAGAGAAUAACAAUCAGCGCAACUGAUAACGGAAUACCAAGAUUGUCCUCUACAGCUCAGGUUACCAUAACGCUUAUCGAUAUCAACGACAAUGCUCCUUCCUUUAUGAGAUCUAAUAAUACCGUGGGAGAAGUUAUUGAGAGGAAUACAGACAAUACAUUUGUUCUAAAUGCCAGCGCUUCUGAUCCUGAUCUCGGACAAAACGGUGCAGUGUCUUAUUUACUCGAAGUCAUCAAUUUAACAGCUGGUGCCACUCCACCUUUUGUUAUUUCUAACAAUGGCAUUGUUACGGCAACCAUGCCUCUUGAUAGGGAAGAGAGAGAGUCCUACUCUGUUCUUAUCCGUGCCAGCGAUAGUGGAGCAUCCCCCCUCUCAACCGUGCUCGUAGUUCAAAUCAGAGUUCUGGACGUUAACGAUAAUCCUCCGAUUUUCAGCCAGACUGUCUACAGUAUCAAUGUUCUUGAGACAACAGUUCCGCCCGAGGUACUACUACAAGUUUUCGCUUUUGAUAUCGACUCUGGACCGCGAAGUGAAAUCGAUUACUCAAUUCUGACUCCACCAAAUUCCGAUAUAUUUUCAAUAAGUAGCUUUGGUGAGAUUACCCUCAUAGGCAAUCUUGAUUUCGAAACUAUACCGCUACAUGUCCUAACCAUCAACGCUCAAGAUCGUGGCACACCACCAAUGUCCGCUAUUGCCACGGUGAAUAUUAACGUCGAGAACGUUGACGAGACACCACCGUUCUUCCCCAUUCCUUGCAGUCGAUCUAUUUCUGAGAAUUUCUCGCCCGGAAGUCCGGUUACAAACUGUAUAGCCAUUGACAGAGAUGACACUAUGAAUAAUCAGGCAACCAGGGUAGCGCAGUACGAACUCCUGGACGGUAAUACGGGCGGAGUAUUUGAAAUAAGCGAUGUUGGGACCAUUACACUUAUUGCCGGUUUAGAUCGUGAGGAUAUUGAUUUUUAUUCCAUUCGAGUAAGAGCUACAGAUCGUGUUGGACUCAGUAUGGACACUUUUCUAAAUAUAACAGUACUGGACGUUAAUGACAAUUCUCCAGUAAUAUCGAAUUUACCCGGUGCCGUGACGAUACCUGUUGCUAGGAUACAAUCACAGAUCAGAGAAGUAUUUACAGUAAACGCAACUGAUGCAGAUAUUGGACUAAAUGCAGAACUUGUAUAUUCUUUUGGCCCCAUCUUUCAAGACCCUCAGGACCUGGUUACCAACAUCACCGUGAUAGUUGCCGAUAGCAGCAACGACCCCUUCAACACAACAAGGGAUUUAACUAUCAACUUUGAUGAAAUGUGCUCUCUGCAACAAUAUAGUAUCAACUCUACUAAUGGAGUGAUCACCAGCGAUCUUCUGUGCAGUGUGGAAGCCACGCCCCUAGUAGCGGCUGUAAACAUCAACACCGAUUUUACUCUGUCUUGUCCAAUUAUCAGAAAUAUCCCCGUUACCUACACAUGGUUACACAACGGGACAGCUGUCCUCGGCCCAAAUAUGUUGUCUGGAAGUGCUGGAGAAUUGUCCAUUAGCUCUGCAAGGUUUCAAGAUGCUGGUGAGUACAGCUGCAGGGCUGCCUCCGCCAUUGGAAGCUUGUUGAGCAUGCCAGCCAUUGUUUCUAUACAAGUCCCUGCCACCAUCACCAUCCCUCCAAUGGAUGCCAGGGACAUUGAAGUGGGCAGGACAGUCAGCUUCAGAUGCUUCACAGCUGGCUUACCCACACCCACCGUCACAUGGAGCAGAGUGAACCAAGAUGGUAGUUUGAGCAUCUUGAAUAUGAGCUCUCGUAUUCUGCCCACUAAUCCAUUCCUCACCAUCGCUGACGUUCAGAGCGCUGACGCUGGAACUUACGUCUGUACGGCCAGCAACCCUGCCGGUGAAUCCGCGGCAACCUUUCAACUCAUUGUUUUCUCCCAAUCAAACGUUGUGUUCAUGCCUUUGAUGUCCUUCUCGAUGCCCAGUAGAAUGCGGAGUUGCCACGCGCUGAACACCACAGCGUUCGAGAAUGUCAUGAUGGACAUCACGGCUGUACGCACACUCGUAACUAGUCUAGAUGGUGAUGACCUCUGUACCCAGACUGCUUGCAGCCCCUCUCCCUGUCGUAAUGAUGGGUCAUGUGACCUGGUUGCUAACGACCCCACUGGACUAGGGUACACUUGUUCGUGUUCUAUAGGCUACACUGGAGGCAACUGCGAGGUUGACAUUGACGAGUGCAGAGAAGCUCCGUGCCUCUCUGGUGGCAGCUGUACCAACACGGACGGCUCUUUCUCAUGUGACUGCACCCCAGGGACCACUGGACACAGGUGUCAGUACACCACCGUCUGUGACACUACACCCUGCCCAGUCGAUCAGCUGUGUAUCACCACGGUAGCCAAUGCCCAGGGCUUUGUGUGUGGGGAACAGACUAGCGAUGGGGUAGUGGUUACUCUUGGUAACGCAAACGCUGGGAUGUUGGAUGAUCAAGUGAACAGUUUGAGAGAGAUUCAACAGGACAAUGCAAUCACCCAGCGAAGGAAGAGACAGAUUGCUGACAAUACUGUUGACCUGGAUGACUUCGUCACUGUCUGUGAAGCUCGCUUCAUGACUACCAAGGAUGGGCGUUACCUACUGAGGUGGGUGUGUCCUGAGGGGGUGGAGUCACCAACAGGAAGUGAUCUGGACGAUAUCUGCAACAUACUUUUCACUAGUGGACUGGUAGCAUCUUGUGAGACUCCGAAUGGAUUGAAUCAAACAAACUCAAUCCAACAAUUACCACCCACAAAUGUGUUGAUAUCCUUCAUCCUGGUGAUGGAUGGUAGCCCUCUCUCUGGUAGAGAGGCCAUUGCCCUGCUUACUAGGACAGGGGCUCUGGAAAAGCUGAGAGCACAGGGCUAUCAGGCCGUCAACUUCACUGCAGCUGUGCCCUUCAAUGAGCCAGUGUUGUCAGUGACUGAGGGCAUUAUUGUUGGGGUUGCUGUGGCGAUCAUCGUGGCAGUGUUCACAGCUGCUCUCAUAUUCUGCAUUGUGGUGUGUGUGGUCAGACAAAGGAACUCAAAGAAGAAACUGUGUGUCCUGGACAACAGUCACUCACUGCACACCAUCCACUCCCUCGACCACAGUCCACAAGAGGAGACAUUCAUCAACAGCUCCUACGUCAGCAUAGACCACUCCCCCAUCCAGCACAACUUCACCUUCACCAACGCCCACCACCCUCACACCACAUCCAACAAACCACAAGAGACUGUAUUCGAUGAUGAUAUUUACGGCCGACACUAUAUCCCCCCUCAACCCACCACCAAAGCUAGCACAGUGACAGAGAGUAUAGAUAGAGAGACUGCGAGUGAGCCGCUGUCUAAUGGAGGGGCAAAGAGAAGAGGAUCGUCUUUGAAGAGAUCCUCAGCCAUUUUCCACCGAGGAAGACAGCUCAGUUUGAAGAGACGGGCAGAAUCACACGACAAUUUGCUUAGCAAUGAGGAGGAUGGUCCUGAUUAUGAUACGCUGGAGCCUGUCGUCAUGGAUACGCCAUCAGAGGGUGCUCCUCAAGUUCCCAGCAAAGCAUUGCACAGAGAAACAAGAGCACCAGUUGCCAAUUCCGAAUCUGAGGAAGAGGCUAUCUACGCUAACAAUCAGCACACCCGACUUGGUGCCCAUGGCAACGCUGGUCAGAGGUGGGAGUCGUACUGGCAGACACAGACACUGCUCAGAUCACCACACCCAUCACAGUAACGCCCACACCCACGUGCACUACAGCACAACUGAGCCUGCAGGGCACUAGUACUGGAACAAUGCACCGACUGUAUUUGACUAACAUCAUACGUUUUUUUAAUGCUCAUAAUUUACUUACAAGUCAAAGUCUGUAAUUCUUUACACAUUGUGAAGUUCAUAAAUUUGUUCAAUCAAUAAA